ACACACCUUUAUAUUUAAACAAGAUGACCGUACUUGAAUCCAACAAUCGUCAUGCUGCUACCAAUCGUAAAAAUUUGGAACAAAUCAAGACCUUGACUGCCGAUUUAUCAGGUUGGGAAUUCUCUCAAGAAAAGGAUGGUGUCAAGUUAUAUAGUAAAGCAGUAGAAGGAUCCUCUAUUCCUUUGGUCCGUGGUGAUUAUUUAUUAAAGACAACCGAAUAUACUGCUGAACAAGUGGCUGUAGUGGCUACACUUCCUGGUGCUAGAUCCAUCUGGGAUGAAAAAUUUCAUUCAUCUGAAGUCAAAGAAAUGUUUACACAAUGGGAAUCCUUCUUUUGGGUACGUCUGAAUACACCUUGGCCGAUCAGCAACCGUGAUUUCGUAGGAUGUAACUUGAGAGAUAUGUCACGCGAUCUCUGUUAUAUUUCCAUGGCAUCAGUACAAGAUGAUACGGUGGGAGCAGUGUCAGGUUGUGUGCGAGGCAACUUGAUUUGUUCUGGUUGGAAAUUACAAAAGGUGGAUGAAGGUAUCCAAAUCACCUAUGUGACUCAAGUGGACUUGGCUGGCUCCAUCCCUUCGUCUUUCUUACGCAAUGUCCAACUUCAAGUCCCUCUUUGUGCUGGUAAAGUCGCCGAUUAUAUUUCAAACUAUGGUUUUCCUCCUGUCACUGGUGAACUCUCUUGUACCUUUGUCAAGGAAUCCUUUGAUCAUGCUAAACGUGAACAUACCGUACAACUGGAUGGUCAAGGCGAUGCCACUUGGACUUUCUCCUCAAAGAUGUAUCCUAAUGGUGUCAAGGUCAAUACUUCCUCUGGUCAAGUCAAUAUCUCUGGUACUACUAUUCAACUCUCUGCUAUUAAUGGUCCCACCACCGUCACCAUUUCCAAGGCCUAAGUUAGUUACCCUCCUCAUCUUUUUUUUUAUUUCUAAAAUCGUCUUUUGUAUAGUUCUUUCCUGCCCCCUUUUUUUUCUUGUUUUAAAUAAAUU